GUGGCAACUCUUAUCGGAAACGCCGACAAUCACCCGUUCCAUCGACUCUCAGGAUUUCUUGAUCAAACUUGAACUUGCCAGCAUACAGUCAUUUUAUCCGUGUCCUGUUUCUCAUGACCAAUCUAUAUUCUCUCUGGGUUGCAGGCUCUAAUGCACGCGGUCAACUUUCCAACGGAACAUUCGAUGACUCGCAUACAUUUGCCCCUUGUCUAUUUUCUGAAUCAGCUUCCAUAUUUCCCUCCACCAUACGGCGAAUUCUUCAACUGACAUGUGGUGCCAAUCACACGUUAAUACUCCUGCAACGUAGUGACGAGCAUGGGUUGGAAACAUAUACAGAGCUGUGGGGUUGUGGGGACGGCAGUAAGGGACAACUUGGACCCACGCUGGGUCAAGUGCACUCUGCUACAGAAUUCAGGCGAAUACCAAUGCCGCUACAGGAUACAUAUACGCCGCUCGGAUAUACGUGCCGUCUCAUUGCUGCAGCUUGGGAAACUACGUACCUUGUUCUGUCUUCACCGAAUCACCCUGAUGUUCUGAUCUCUAUGGGUUCAAAUGACUUUGGAGCGCUGGGUGUGGAAUCUGCGAAGAUAAAAUCAGCGCCAUUCGGACCUCACGCGAUAGCUGUUGAGGGACUUGAAACAGAUAGUAGUCUGCUCAUCAAAUCGCUCAAUGCAGGUCCUCGACAUGUUGUCGCCGAGGUGGUAGGAGUAGGAAAAAAUGGAGUCAAGGAAACUUUUCUGAUCGGCUGGGGGGCGGGAAGGCAAGGUCAACUGGGUGUAACGCUACUCAAAAGAGCUCCUCAGGACCAUGCAGGACCGCGAAGAAUACCCAGUGAUAAAUCAGGAGAUCCUAUAGUAUCAUGUUCUCUUGGAAAUCAACACACUGUCAUACUGCACUCUUCGGGUCGUGUAUCUGCCUUGGGAUCAAAUAGGAAAUGUCAGGUGCAGGACAUCAACAACUUAAGCAAUGUUCAUAGUAUAAACUGCACGUGGAACGGCACUUACGCCGUAGUCAAGCAAGAAGAUGGGAUGACUCUGCUUGGGAUGGGCGAUAACAGCCGAGGACAGCUUGGAAGGGAAGUGGAUGGACGUGGCUCAUCUCAAUCGACUUUGGUUAACUUCCCGUUUGAGCUUAAGAGCCGUGAGCUAUUGAAAGUAGCUUGUGGCAGCGAACAUGUUCUCGCCCUCUUUGCUGUACUUUCAUCUAGUACAUCUCACAGCCAAAUAUCGAAUGACGAUGAUAGGGAACGGGAAGUUUGGGCGUGGGGAUGGAAUGAGCACGGGAACUUGGGCGUAGGCACGACAGGGAAUGUUGAAAGACCUAUCAAAAUAUGGCCAAAUGGUGGAAGCGAUAGCAGUAGUAUGAGUGCAAGGGUUAUUGAUGUAUGGGCAGGCUGUGGGACAAGUUGGAUCGCACUUUCGCAUAAUGAUAAUGAUAACGACAGCAACGGAUAAUAAAGUCUGCAUUU